CAGUUGAGCAAUCCCUCACUUCUCGAUCAAACCCACAAAAAGCUGAGCAAUCCAAUCAUGGAGAUGGAAGUGGUUGUUCCAGUCCCUCCUCCGCCUCCGGUGGACUUCAACUUCGACAGCACCUGCUCCUCUCCAUACAUGACAGCUCCUUCCAGCCCUCAACGAUUCGGCAGCUUCCUCUUCAGCGCCCCCACCAGCCCUUCACGCGCCUCCGCCUUCUACCGCGAGCUCAACGACCUCUCUCUCCACGACAUGAUUCCCAGAAAGUCCGCCUCCUCUGUUCCUUUCAACUGGGAAGAAAAGCCCGGGAUUCCCAAAUCCAGACCCACCAGCAAUGGCGAAAACAAUAACGAUAGCGAUGACGGCGACGGCGACGGCGACGGUGACGGUGUCGGUCAGGAUUUUGAGUUCAAUUUUAGUGGGCAAUUAGAGCGAACUUCUCUGUCCGCGGAUGAGCUCUUCGACGGCGGCAAAAUUCGGCCUCUAAAGCCACCGCCUCGGUUGCAAGUCGGCGCCGGAGCUAAUGGCUCGGGGUCCAACGUUUCCUCUCCGAGGUCUCCAAAGUCUCCGAGAUCUCCCAGAUCGAGAAUUUCACAGGGAAAGAAAAUGGUCCAAGAAGCGCUUUCGCCGCGUCACAAGAAAGAUUUCGAUCCAUUCGCGGCGGCGAUAGAGGAAAACCGCAGAAAAGAAGAAGGGCGAGAAUAUGAACAAAAGCCGCGGGGGAGAGAAAGGUCAUCUUCAUCAAGCUUUCUACGUAAAGGAACAAGAUCUCUGUCUCCUCUGAGGGUCUCUGACAUUGUUUAUGAAGGGGAAGAAAAUUCACAGGCGAAAGUGAAUCCUUCAACAACAAACAGCGCUAAACCUUCCACUUCCCCCACUUCUUCUUCAACAUAUUCUUCAUUUCUAUCAUCCAUUUCUUUCUCCAAAGGUUACAGAAAAUGGAGUCUCAAAGAUUUUCUGCUAUUUCGGAGCGCGUCGGAGGGCCGUGCAACGGGGAAACAUCCAUUGACGAAGUACGCGGUUUUGUCGAAGAACAGGGCGAAUGAAGAUGUCAAGAACUCGAGCUUCCGGUCCACGGACAGUUCCGGCUCGGUGUCGAGCCGGAGAAGAGGACCGCUUUCGGCCCAUGAGUAUCAUUACACAGUGAACCGGGCGGUUUCAGAGGAGAUGAAGAAGAAGACUUUCUUGCCUUACAAGCAGGGCCUGCUGGGUUGCCUGGGGUUCAACCCUGGUGUGCAAGAAAUUUCCAAGGGUUUGGGCUUUUGACACGUGGCCGAUCCAGAUCUCUCAUCUGGGUGGGUCCCUUCAAUUAAUAUAUAUAUAUAUAUAUAUAUAUAUAUAUAUAAUAUCAGUAAUUAUAUAUGUUUAGGGUUUGUAAUUUUAUGAGCAGCUUGGUAUAUUUGUUCUCUGAUUUGUGUCUCUAUCCAUGAAAGGGACUGAAAAUGUAUGAAAGUUGUUACAGCAAGACAUAAGAGAUUACGUACACAAAGU